UUCACGGCACCGUUUCGUUCUUCUUCCUGACCUUUCUUGUGGAACGACGACAACUUCAGCCGGUAAAAAUGGGUAAAAAAGUGAAUCCAGUAAAAGACUUUGUGGCUGGAGGAUUUGGUGGAAUGUGUCUUGUGGUUGCUGGUCAUCCACUUGACACAAUCAAGGUUAGAAUUCAGACUAUGCCCAAGCCUGGUCCUGGACAGAGCCCACUUUACAAAGGAACACUUGAUUGUGCUAUGCAGACAAUAAGGAAAGAGGGAUUUUUUGGGUUGUACAAAGGUAUGGCUGCUCCAUUGACAGGGGUAUCACCGAUGUUUGCUAUAUGUUUCCUCGGUUUUGGUGUAGGUAAAAAACUACAGCAGAAACAUCCACAUGAUGAUCUUACUUACUUUCAGUUUUUCAAUGCUGGUAUGUUGGCAGGUGUAUUCACAACAGCAAUAAUGACUCCCGGAGAGAGAAUAAAGUGUUUAUUACAG